AUGCCACGCCCUCAAAUUGACCUGGAGCCUUACAGGGAGGAGAUUACUCUCUUAUAUUCUCAGAAUGCACGUAUUGCCAAUAUCCAGACCAUCAUACAAAGCCACGGCGUCAAUAUCUCACUCCACACGCUCAAAACUCGCCUUUCUUCCUGGGGCCUACGGCGCCAACUACCUAGCCAAAAUGAAGCUUUGCACGCUCGCCUUCUCACACUAAUUACCGAGGCAGGUUUAUCGGCUAGAGAAACACUCGAAGUGCUACAGAAAGAGGGAUUCCGGGUCUCUGAACCUACGCUUGAAAGGUUACGAAAACGGCUUGGAAUUCAGCUUCGUACAAACUGCCCGCUUCAGCGGCAGCAGCAACGGCUCGAAAUCGAGGUUCUCUUGACUGAGGAGCUUGGAAUUGGCGAUGUCGAAGGCUAUGGGCGUCGGAUUCUCUAUCACCACCUUCGCCGGCAUGGUUUUCUUUUCCCACAGCACCGAGUAUUCGAAGUCUACCGCUCUCUUCGCCCUGACUCACUCCUCCGCCGAUCAUACGAUCUCCAGCGCUCCCGCGGCGAGUAUUGGUGCCCUGGGCCGAAUUUCGUGUGGCAUGUGGAUGGUUAUAUGAAGCUAGCGCAGUUCGGGGUUGAGGUUUAUGCUGCCAUUGAUGGGUACUCUCGGUAUAUUCUCUGGAUAUACGUGGGAAUUAGUACUCGUACCGCAGUGUUCGAUCCAGAGGCUGCCCAUGGAGACUGUUUCUGGCUAGGGCGAAGCACAGAUAACCAGAGAAUAGAGGCUUGGUGGGCGCAGUUAUCUAAGUCGUGUACUUUUCUCUAUUACCAAUAUUUCCGGGAGCUCCGGGAACAAGGUCUCUUCUCCGGCUCUAUCCCUGAGCAGGUCGCCCUUCUUGCGGUUUAUAUGCCUACGCUCCGCCGGGUUAUUGGUGAGUACGCUAAGACCUGGAAUAUUCAUAAUAUCCGCAAGCAAAAGUCACGGCCGAACGCCCGCGCAGUUGAUCAGAUGCUGCUUCGCGAGCUCCAGGAGGACGUCCGGGACUGGGAUAAAGAUGAAUAUUUACCCCCUGAUGUCCUUGCUUGGUGCCACCAGCAGCUUCAGGAGAUUGGAGCCGAGCUUUAUGGGCCUGGAAAUGGCUUCAAUCCUGAUAAUCCUCCGUCUCGUGUUCCAGAGGAAGUUAGCCAGCCUUACCGGGUCGAAUAUCUCGAACUCCGCCGCCGUGCUCUUCUUUAUGACCAAUUAGAUGAACAUCCAGUGCUCUGUCUUACUACGAAACCCCUCGGUGCAUGGGAUUGGGAGCCUGGAGAGGCACAGGAAGGCUAG